CAAAAAAAAAAAAAAAAAAAAACUCAACUUAAUUGCAAACUGAAACAAAACAAGUUCAGAGGAAAGAAGAUGGCUACUUCUGAACAAUCUCCAUCGUACAACGUCUUCGUCUACGGCAGUUUCCAGGAGCCAGCCGUUGUGAGUUUGAUCCUAGAGUUCACUCCUGUCAUCGUCUCCGCUCAACUCCAUGGCUUUCAUCUUUAUCGACUCAAAGGACGCUUGCAUCCUUGUAUUGCUCCUUUUGAGUCUGGAUUAGUCAACGGCAAGGUACUAACUGGAUUAACAGAAGCUCAGUUGAAGAAUUUAGAUAUGAUUCAAGGAGCUGAAUACGUGAGGAAGACUGUUGAGGUUGUAUUAACUGAGACAUCCGAGAAGAUGGAAGUGGAAGCUUUAAUUUGGGCCAACAAGGAUGAUCCAGACAUGUAUGGAGAAUGGAAUUUCGAGGAAUGGAAGCGGCUUCACAUGGAUAAAUUCAUAGAGGCGUCAAAGAAAUUCAUCGAAUGGAAGAAGAAUCCAGAUAGUAAAACAAGGGAAGAGUUUGAGAAAUUUGUACACGAGGAUCCUCCUGUAACGUGAAGACCUUGUCUGCCUUUUCUUGAUAUCUUAUCGUUUACUCCAAAAUAAAAAGGUAUCUCCCUUCAUGUGCAAUAAGAUUAUAAGUUCUACUACAUGAACAUUGAGUUGCAUGUUAAUGUCUUAUCAUUUCUUAUCAUUAUGUGUCAUCAAUCAACCUGGUCUGCUGUUUCCCAAAAUAAAAAAAAAUCAACCUGGUCUGGUAAAUAACUUCUUUUUUUUAACACAAUCUGGUAAAUAACUAAAUACCCUUAAACGUAUCUAAAAUUGUAUUAGGAGAAAAGAAAGAAAAUCCGGUUUAAGAAAAAGAAAAAGAAAAAAAUAAGAAUGUUUUCACUUUAUCAUUUAUCUUCCCACACCUUUUCUCUUUGUUUUUUCCAUCUUUUAUUUUUGGCUGGGGACACAUACUGACUUUAAGGAAAGAUUUGACGUGGCCAAUCAAACUCUACAAGCAGGCCCACAUUUUUUAUUAAACACAAAAUCCAAAGACUCUCUGACACAAUCUCUAUCUGUAAUUAUUUCAUUUAUUUAUCUACAUUUAUUACAACAAAACAGAUAUAAGCAGAAAAAAAAACAAUUCAUUUCAAAAACUUUUGACUAUACUCUUCUUACCGUGUGGCUUGGUUGGCUCCGCUAUGGUGUUGAGACGCGUAGACGGCGCGUGGUGAGCUUCUACAGAGGUCAAUGGCGAGUUUAAGUUGGAUCUGAAGGGAGGCGGUGGGGCAGAAGCGCUUAUGAGACAUAUUCUACAGCAACGGUUAUCCAUAAACUAUCGAUCCGGUUUGUUCUUUCUAUGGCGGAGUUUGAUUCUUAUCUAGAUUGGUUGUGUUUUGGCUUCUUAUGUUAUUAGCUAUGUUCUUGUAGUCCGUGUAUGGUAGUUUGAUUUUGUCUCCGGGAUUGUAUUUGUGCAGUUGCCGGCUUAUGGCUCGGGUUGUGUCUCUUAACUGCCCGCUCUAGAUUAUGGUGUCGUUUCAUUACGACAGCCUUUGUAA